ACCGGGAAAUAAUUAAUGCACGGGUUUAAAUGUUUCAUAUUAUACCAUGGCAGUUAUGUCGCCAAACCACGGCGUCCGGGCAUGGCUGUGCAAGGUGUUUUCCACUGGAUGCAAGCCUGCGUGGUGCUGCAGCUCUGCUUAUCUGAAGCUCUGCCUGCUGCCCCAGAGACAGGCAGAAAUUACUACGAUACUCUCGAUGUUGAGCCAACAGCAACUGACAUCCAGAUAAAGAAGGCUUUCCGCAAACUGGCCAUAAAAUACCACCCCGAUAAGAACAAGAGCGCCGAUGCAGAGACGACUUUCAGAGAGAUUGCUGAAGCCUACAAGGUGCUCUCCAACAAGGGGAAGAGGAGGCUGUAUGACAGUGCGGGCCAUGAGGCUUUCCUAAAAGAUGAGGCCUCUGUUGAUCCUGAGGACGAAUAUGAGACAAGCUUCCACUUCAGUUUUAAAGACCUCUUCCAUGACCUCGAUGAUAGUCUCUUUGCGGAGGAGCCAUACUUCCACUGGAGCUUUCACCAAGAUGUGGAGGAUGAGGACAGUCCACAUGGACAUUACAGUUUUGAAGAUCCUGUCUUCAGCCUUUAUUUUGGGGACGGAGAAGAAAAUGAAGAAGAGUACCACUACUAGAUAUCCGGUGUCUUAGUCCUGUAUCCUGCAUGACUUAUGUUUUAAUUUGUUGUAUUUUCUUGAUAAUAAAGUAUCUAUGUUAGA